AUGACGCAGUCUCCAACACUUACAAGGUGGGAAGGGGACUGCAGGGGCUGGAAAGGGGUGGGGCGUCUUCUCCCCCACCAUCCACCAUGGGGUGGCCUUGGAGGAGUCCGCUCUUGGGACCCCUGCCCCACCCCGUCCUUCUCCCCAGGGUCUGCCAUCUCAGCCUCUCCUCCCUCCAUAGGCCCCAGAGCCCAGGAGCACCAGCCUUCAGCCCAGGAGAGUCUGCCACCCCCGGAGGCCAAUGCCGACGCCAUCCACUUCCUCAGCUCCCUGCGGCCGGACGAGCUGCAGAUGCUGUUCUUCUCCGAGACUCUGGUCAUGGUCUCGGACACAGGGGAGCCUCAGGGAGAGCUGACCAUUGAGGUGCAGAGAGGGAAAUACAGAGACGUCGCGGCGCACUGCCUCCUCGUGCACGCCUUCAGCCGCGGCUUCAUGGACAAGAUGCUCUGCGGAAACUCCCUGCUGGGCUAUCUCUCGUGGAAACUGGAGAUCCUGGAACAACAUAGUCAGGAGUUCAUCAAGUUCCCCGUCCUCCCCAUGGAACGGAAGAUGACUUUGCUGAAGCAGGAUGACCAGCUGGCCAUGACCAGAAGCGUCAAGGAGGGCGCGGAAGUGAAGACAGAAGUGGCUUCUUUCCCCUGGCACUCAGUUGCGGGCUUUAUCUCCGAGGCUGCCAACCUGGUGUUGCUGAGGGUCAUGGCCUGGCGGCGGAUGGUGCCCAGCAACGCCCGCUUCCUGGCCUUGGACACGGAGGGCAAACUCUGCCAUUCCACCUACCAAGCCCUGGGCUCCCAGACGAUCCAGGUGGGCCGCCAGCAGGUGGAAGUGUUCACCGUGGAGCAGACUGUACACUCGGAGGAGGGCAUUCCCAUGUCCUGCCAGUUCUACCUGCUCUCCGAUGGGCACCUAGCCAAGAGAGUCCAGGUGGGCUCCCCAGGGUGCUGCAUGAUCACCAAGAUGCCCAUCCUGAGGGAGGAGGAUGAGAUUGAGCCUCGCCCAGUAUUCGAGAAGAAGCCCCUGGUGUGGGAGGAGGACAUGGAGCUCUACUCCAGGUUCACGGACCGGAAGGAGGAGCUCCGCGCCAGCCACAGCAGCUAUCUGCGGCAGCACCCGGAGGCCCACGCGCUCAUCUCCGACUUCCUGCUGUUCCUGCUGCUGCGCCAGCCCGCCGACGUGGUCACCUUCGCGGCCGAGUUCUUCGGCCCCUUCGACGUGCGCCGCCCGCCGACCCCCGCCCUGCGCUCCUCCAACCGGCCCAGCCCCUUCCGAUCGCUGGACCCGGAGCGCAGCCCGAGCGAGCACUAGGGGGCGCACGACCCGCCGGGGCCGGCGGGCGGGGACGGGGCAGGAGGCGGGGCCUCGGGGCCGGGAGGGCGGGGGCGCGGGCGGGACGCCCCCGGGAGGCGCGCUUUCCGGGCUGCGGUUUGGAUGGGAAUAAACGGGGCCCUCCCGGGGCUCUGCUGUGCGAGCCGGAGCCUUCCCGGGCCAGAGUCUUGUGUCUUGCACUAAAAAUAGGAACCGUUAACAGUGUUUAUGGAGCUAAUUUCAGCCUUUCCUCCUAGAUGCUAUUAUUAUCAAUAUUCCUAUUUUACAGAAAAGAGAGU